AUGCGCAAGUCGGGCUCUUCUGUCGCCAGCGACGGUGUGAGCAACGGCCUGCAGUACGAGCCAGACGCUGAAAGCGAGCAAAUCGGCUCCAUCAUCUCGGACGUGAUCGACGCCGUUGAGAGCGAGUCAGAUGACAUUGACGACACUGACGUCCCGACCGUGGGCACGCUGCGCUCAGGCGUCCGUUUCCUCUACCAGAACGACCUCGACUGGACACGCGCAAUCAAUCCCGCCAAUCGUCAACCGGGCUACCUGCUUCUCACUGGCUCGAUGAGCUUCGAAGAUGCGGAUAAUGCCUGCCAAGCUCUUGGAGAGAAUCUUGCGCUAGCGCCGAUCGCUUCUCUUGACGAGGGCCUGCGCAGACAGCUCACCUAUCUUAGCUCUGAGGGGUUCUAUACAGAAGGGCAGACCUUCUGGGCAGAGGGCGGCGCCAUCGUCUUUUCCAAGCAACAAACGCUGUCUUUCAUUCCUCUCGACGGUCCUGGCAGCGUGACGGGCGACAAUGGAGACGAACCAGAUUUGCCGGCCAUCUGCACGCAGACAGCCCCUUUGAGCACUGCCGAGCUGACUGACAACAGCGAUCAAUGGCAAUUGGGUGCGCGCAGUGGCCAGCUCUCGGUCUUAGGCUUCCGCGACGCCCUUUCGUUCCGCUUCGGUUCUGUCCCUUACGCGGACACCCCGCGGCGCUUUGAACGGUCAUCGCCACUCAGCAAGCGCAGUGGUACGAUCCAGGCCAUUUCCAACGAUGCUGCUCUUGCAUGUCCGCAGUACAAUGGCGGAAAUUGGGACGAGGACGGCUGCCUUGUCGCCAACAUUGCGACUACCUGGUUGCCGAGUCCGCGGGAGCAAGCACUUGGCAAGGGCUUGCGACCGGUCUUCAUUUUCAUCCAUGGAGGCGGUUUCCGAACGGGAUCGGGUUUGGACCCAACUUUUGCUGGCGGCAACAUGGCCUCGCGUUCCGACAUUGUCGUCAUCACCCCCAACUAUCGUCUCGGCACGCUCGGCUGGUUGGCGCUCGCAGAUUCCGAUAAAGUUCCAGGUAACUUUGGACUUGGCGACAUCAUCUCAUUGCUGAAAUGGGUACAGCAACACGCACACUCUUUCGGAGGUGAUCCCCAUCGCGUCACAGUUGCAGGGCAGAGCUCUGGCGCUCAGCUCGUGCAGUUACUUUUACGGAGCCCUGCGGCCAAGGGUCUUUUCCACCGCGCAAUUGUCCAGUCAGGACGUCCAUAUGACCGCGCGAACCAGCGGCAAGAAAUUUCAACGGCUGGCAAGACGCAAGGUAGCCCGGUCGUUCGUGAACUUGGCUGCAAUCCAGACGCCGACGACGUGCUCGACUGUUUGCGUGCCCUGCCGCCUGCAAGAUUUCUCAGGGGACGGACAAUGUCAUCCCCCGUCGUUGACAAUGACUUGAUUGACGACGCUCAGCUCGAUCUCAGCCCGCCCGGAUCCGCCAGCGGCUUCGUCAACCGCGUGCCGGUCAUGCAAGGAUAUAUGCGCGACGAAUUGGCGUCUCUCGGCUCCGUCCCUCCGGUGACUGCGCUUGAUCUCGCUACGGCCCUCAAGGACGCUGGUAUUAGCAAAGGGAAUCGGUCCAUCGUUCUAGAUCAUCCUCAGGAUUUUAAGCUUGACCUCUUGGAAAAGGGGGCUCAAGGCCUCGCCGUCGAGGUUGCGACGGACAUUCUGUCCAUCAGUCGAUGCGGGCAAGAGGCUUCGCUCCAUACUAUGGCGACCAACAAUGUUUUCCCUGCUCUUUACGGCUACGUCUUUGACUCCAAGUCGUAUCAAAUCGACUGGGAUCCGCAUUUGGUGUGCUCAGGCAGUAGCGAUCUGGCCCAGCUGGGCUACCAUUGUCAUAGCGGCGACCUUUUCCCUGUCUUUGCGACACUUUAUUACUGGCAGAAGCCCUACCGGGUUGGGGACCUCAACUGGAUCCGCGGUAUCACAGAUCAAUGGGCAAGCUUUAUCCGCUCUGCGAACCCGAGCCCCUCAAAGUCGUACCUGGCUGCCCGAGGCUACGAUCCGCCAGCCGGCAUUCCUUGGGCGCCCAUGCGGCCGUCUUCGCAAAACAUCAUCAGCCUCGGACAGGUCCAGCAGCUCAAAGCAUUGGACCAGUUUGCGAGCCAAUGCAAUGUACUCAAUCGGCCUCUGACCUACAUAUCCUCCCAGUCGCGCUAG